GAGAGCGCAUGACCCACACACUUUCCUCGCUCACUCUUUCGUUCGUCGCUUGUCCAUCCCCAGACCCAGCAGUCCAGCACCAGCUAGCAGCCGGCCGACGGCCUAUAUAUAUAUAUGCUCCGAUCCUCUCUCAUCAGGCCCUCGAUCAUCUCAGCUCUCGAUCAAGCAACAACUGCUCAUUAAUUAUAUGUAUGUAUUGCUAGCUAGAAACCAUCAGCAGCAGCAGCAGCAGCAGCGUCGAGACAGAGAUCGAGAGAUGGAUCAUCAGCGGCGGCGCGGCGCAUCGACGCAGGAGGUUGAUGAGCUUCCGGGUUUCCGGUUCCACCCGACGGAGGAGGAGCUGCUGGAGUUCUACCUGAAGCAGGUGGCCCAGGGGAAGAAGCUCAAGUUCGACAUCAUCCCGACGGUGCAGCUGUACCGGCACGACCCCUGGGAGCUGCCGGGCCUGGCGCGCAUCGUCGGCGAGCGCGAGUGGUACUUCUUCGUGCCGCGCGACCGCAAGCAUCAUCAGGCCGGCGCCGCCGGCGGCCGCCCCAGCCGCACGACGGAGCGCGGCUUCUGGAAGGCGACGGGGUCGGACCGCGCCGUGCGCUGCGCCGCCGACCCCAAGCGCCUCAUCGGGCUCAAGAAGACGCUCGUCUACUACGAGGGCCGCGCGCCGCGGGGCACCAAGACCGACUGGGUCAUGAACGAGUACCGCCUCCCCGUCCACGACGACGCCGCAUCACCGCCCAAGAAUGUACAGGAGGACAUUGUGCUGUGCAAGGUCUACCGCAAGGCCGUGUCGCUCAAGGAGCUGGAGCAGCGGGUGGCCAUGGAGGAGCUCGCGCGCGCCGCCUCCGCAUCAUGCACGCCGUCCGCCUCCGGCCACAACGACACCGCCGGCUCGCCCACCGACGACUCCACCAUGUCGUCGUCGCGAUCGGACCACCACCAAGCCCAACAGGGGGAGACGAUGAUGGGCGUGGCCAUCCCGCCGGCGAGCGUAUGCCGCAUGAAGAAGGAGGUCAUGGCCGAGUCGACGACGGCGGUGCUGAGGCCGGCGACGCUGAGCCUGCCGCAGCUGGACGUGGCGAAGCAGCAGCAGGAGUGGAUGCAGGACCCCUUCCUGACGCAGCUGCGGAGCCCCUGGAUGGAGAGCUGGUCGCCAUACUUCGCCAGCAGCGUCCUCAACUUCUAACUAAUAAUCAACCGUCCAUCCAUCUAUGCAUCGUCGCAUACAUACAUAGCUGCCCGCCUGAUAUAUAGUCAUAUAUAUUCUCUACUUACAGACAGAGAUCUAGCUACUAUAGUAUAUAUAAUAUAUAUACGUACAUAUACGCGCGUGUACGACGGAGAGUCAGAGUUUAUUAGAUAGCUAGCAACAUUAUAUAUAUACAGCGCAUGAGUAUGGUACCAUAUCUCUACAGCUAAAAUGACUAAUUGGGAGAGAAAAACUGUUGGCCUCCUC